AUGGAAUUUGGAUAUCAGUUGGUUCGAUUUCUAGCGAAGAUGAUUGUAGUCAUACACCUCAAUUCAGCGGUAAUCCCAUCCAAGCAGUCAAGCCGUCUCGUACGCCGCUUCAUUGAUGGUGUCAAGACUGCAGAAGAACUGACCUUUGAUACCCAUAUCACUAACAUCGUUCAAGACCCUCUGCGUCAACUAGAUUUUCGGCAAUGGGUAACCAGUAAUCGUCCCACACAGAAUGGUGUGAAGAUUGAAGACAACGGUUUAUAUGCCGAACGCAAUUUCCUUGAUCACCUCUAUGCCUGGCAUAAAGCAGACAAAGGAUAUCUUUUGUCCGAUCAGGUCGCCAAACUGCUUGAGCAAUAUCCGCUCAGCUCGGGCGCGAAAGUUGGUCACAUUCCGGAAACUUCAUACCUCAGAACCACUCUAAUGACUCCGGGCGACUUCAUUCAACGUUAUUUACCUCCAAACGAUGAAUACCGCAAUCGAUUUUGGGCUGGAAUCCGACAUGAGUUCUCGGGUUCGAGUACUUACUUGGCGUCGGACAUCUUUCAUCGAUAUGAAACGUUUGCUUUGAAUGAAAUCCGCACGCAAGUACUGUGGCAACCUCGUAAUUCGCUCCCUCUCAAAACAUAUAUGACCGAAUAUCUCAAGUGGGCAAAGGAAUACAAUGUGGACACAGAGGAGUUCUUCAGACUGGGGAAAGGCGAAUACAGGCUAAAAGAUCCCUUCAUCAAGUAUCUUUACAAAAAAGCUAAAAAGCUUAAUUACUCAAGAAGAGAAGCUUAUUUCACUGGCGAUAUCCAAUCGGAAUUCAAUAAUUUUCUUCGCGAAAGAAACAAUGUCAGUUUUGCUAAGAAGAUCCUAUAUAAGUUUCAAGAAUGGAAAUAUAAUGUUGGUCUUGGUUGGACUGCUUUUAGAAAGCAGGUUUUCAAUUUUAGAUGGAAAUAUGUUUGUACCUUCUUUUUACUUUUCAUGGUCAAAAUGUUCGAUGGUAAUGGAAUCCUCUUUUGUAAUACGAGUCUUCCUUCUGAAAAAGAUCAUCCAUGA